GGCAUGUCAAAGUGCUCAGUUUUACGACCACCGUGCUUAUACCGUCUGUACAAUUCCGAGCCAACAUUAGAUCUCGACUCCAGGAACUACGCAGUGGCAGGCUAUUGCCUCGCAGCUAUGACCGAUGGUCAUGGAAUCGGGGCCCAGCCGUGCAAUGAUUUGAACGAGAGAGAGCACAGUUCCUCGUUGAUUUGUUUUGGAAUGCUUUACCUCAAUAUCUCGAUGCUCGGAGCUGAGAAGUCGAGUGAUCUGGAAGACACUGACGUACGACUUGGAGCCGACGGGCACGUAUCGAGUAUAUCGGAUCCUAAUCGGAUGAUCGGUCGGAUCGACAAACGUCAUCAUUCCCUACUGAAUUUAUUGGAACGGGAGGGUUUACAACUGCAAAUGUCGCUCGGCCAGCAACCAGGAUCCUCCCCAAAAUAUGGUACAUCCAGCGAUUUGGCUCUCAGAGCGAUCUUGUAUGGGCUACGCACACAUAUACCACCACUAGUGGACGUACUAUCCGCACAGGAGUUGUACUUACAGCUUCCGAUCCAGCCCCGUUUGGAUGCACUAUACCACAACCCACAAUCACUCUUCAACGAACCAUAUUUGAAAACAACUCAUGGUAUCUUCCACCCACAACAUGAUUGUCCCGAUGUUACUACCAGCAUCAUUGAACCGAAAAAUAUCCUUGAUGGUUUCACAACCGGUUCCUCGCUCGAGGAGACAGAGUGCACCAACCUCAUUACUACGUCAUUGAAAUUACACCAAAAACAAGCUUUGAGCUUCAUGCUCGCCCGAGAAGGCGGCUGGCGAUUCGAGCCUCAUGCUGAGGACGUCUGGUCGAUCGCCACAACCCGUGACAAUCAGUUCUGCGGAUACGUCAAUAAUGUGGACGGCUCAACCCAGAAUCUGCCGCCGGCGCCAUGCCACGGCGGCAUAAUUGCCGACACUAUGGGGUAUGGCAAAACACUGACAAUGAUUUCACUCAUUGCUCAUGAGUUGUCGGAGGUUGCCAAUACUUCACAAGGCUACAGCGUCUCUCCAUAUACUACAAUGAUUGUUGUCCCGGCGAACCUCUUGGGAUACUGGCACAAGGAGCUCACCAAACAUACCAAACCAGGGUCGGUACGAUGGCACCUUGAGAAUGGUUCGAAAAGAUUGAAAAAGGCAGCUGGAUUGAGAUCAAUCGAUGUCUUGCUUGUUUCUUACCCAACCCUUGCACGAGACUGGACAACUUGCAAGAGCACGAGUAUACUGUUCCAAACGAGGUGGCAUCGUGUGAUUCUAGAUGAAGCGCACAGCAUCAAGAACCCGCAAGCUGUGACCGCUCGUGCGGCGUGUGAUAUCAUGGCUCGAAACAGAUGGGCCGUAACGGGCACGCCAAUAACCAAUCGACUUCUCGACUUGUUCCCACUGCUCAAAUUUAUCGGCGCGAGUCCGUACAACAAAAAGGAUGUCUUCCUCAGUCGUAUUUCUGACUUGGUCCGUCAGGGCCAAGGCCAUGAACAACUGGCAGUCACUAGAGUGAAAAGACUGUUGUCUGCUAUGAUGCUUCGCCGAUCCAAGGAGCUGCCAUUACCGGACAAGACGGAGCUUCUCGUCUCAGUGCGUCUCAACGAGCGCGAGGCUCAACUGUACAACGAAGCUAAGGACAGAGCACUGUCAACUAUUGACAGUGCAUUGAGUCUCAUCGCAUCGAGUAACUCGUACCGAAACAUCCUCCAGAAGAUUGAUGUACUUCGACAAAUUUGCGCUUUUGGACGUUCCAAUACCCCGAUCUCGGUAACCCCAACUGCGCGAAGUCCACUCAGAGAGAAUGACUGGGACCAAUACGCCGCAACAAAGGCCUUCUCACAAAUGCUGGAUCUUGGACUGCACACGGUCUGUGCAGAGUGCAGUACGCCCAUUUUGACCUUGGCAGACGAAAACGCAGGCCAAGCUGUUCUUUAUCUCACGCAAUGUUUGCGUGCUUGGUGCAAGUCAUGCUACGAGGUGGAGCUUGAUGGCGAAACUUCCUGCGGGCCCAGGAUCUGUGCAUGUCCGACGCCUUGCGUGGUCGCGCCAGCUGCGGUGUCAGAGCCGGCCGCUAGUCUUUCAUUCGAGGUCACGGGAGAAUCGAUCGGCUACCAUGACACCCCUAGCAAGAUCCGCGCCCUGGUGGACGAUCUCCAGAAACAAAUGCCAGGAACGAAAAGUGUCGUUUUCUCAUUCUGGAAAGCGACGCUAGACAUUGCCAGAACAUCUUUCGACCGAUCUGGGAUACAUUGUCUGCAAAUAGACGGCUCGGUCAAGUCGAAAGAGCGGGCCAAAAUCCUCGAAACGUUUUCCGCCCCGAACGAGAUCCAAGUUCUUUUGCUUUCGCUUUCGUGUGGUGCUCUAGGGUUGACUCUAACAGCCGCCUCAAGAGCAUAUCUCAUGGAGCCACAAUGGAAUCCUGCUAUCGAGGACCAAGCAUUCGCACGCGUUCACCGCAUAACACAGGUGCAAGAAACGACUAUGAUCAGAUAUGUGAUGGAGGACACCAUCGAGCAGUAUGUCCGAAAGGUGCAGGACGGGAAGAGAGACUUGGUCACAGCGUUCCUCAGUCCACGUGGUGAUUCUCGUGAUGUUUCAUUGGAGAAGUUGCGGGAGUUGAGAAAUUAUAUCUGAUGGGGAGAGUCUACUGCCCGUAUAGGGCGGCGCCUGUCCCUAGGGGCACGGACUGAGUAAAACGUGCCCUAUCAUAGAAUAAACGCAGUUCAUAUCUCAGGACUUGUCAAUGUCAGAACGGACGAUUGACGUGGCUCGUUCUCCCUGGAGGACGGAUACGAUGAGACGUACCAUUGAUAUCAAACUCCGACUAAAUCUAAGGAACUGGUCACCGAGCGGAGACAAGGUGCAUUCAUCAAGCUAUAAUAGAAAGAAAUUGUGACUGCAUUCGUGC